AUGCAAAUCUUCGUCAAGACCCUCACCGGCAAGACCAUUACCCUCGACGUCGAGCCCUCGGACUCGAUCGACAACGACGGCCGCACCUUAAGCGACUACAACAUCCAGAAGGAAUCCACGCUCCACUUGGUGCUUCGACUGCGCGGUGGGAUGCAAAUCUUUGUCAAGACACUGACGGGCAAAACGAUCACUCUCGACGUUGAGCCCUCGGACUCGAUCGACAACGUCAAGCAAAAGAUCCAGGACAAGGAAGGAAUCCCUCCUGAUCAGCAACGCCUCAUCUUUGCGGGAAAGCAACUGGAAGACGGUCGCACCCUGAGCGAUUACAACAUCCAGAAGGAGUCGACCCUGCAUUUGGUGUUGCGCCUCCGUGGCGGUAGUUGCUAAAGGAACUAAUGCUAUGAUUGGUAUAGCCUUGUGA